UCCCACUCUAUUUUGCAGUAAAUUAUGGAGUGGGGUUAGAAAUGCUUGGUAGUUACGUCAACUUUUGAAGGAAAAACACUUUGGAAAAUGAACGUGAAACGUCCGGUUGAAUUAAACCGGACACAGUCACCGAAGUUUAUCCACAUGGGUUCGGUUUUUCAUUUUUCCAUUAGUGCAGAUUCAUCCACCUUCUUCGAGGUCCAUUUCCUCUGAACAUUUUUUUUCUCUUCGUCUUUCUUUAACAAUGAACAAAUUUUAAAUUCCAUUUUUUUUACUCCUUCCAUUUCGUAAGAUAAGUAGUUUUGGAUAAAAACACAAAAAUUAAGAAAGUAUUUUAUAAUAAAUAGGUUAGAUAUAAUUUAACUAUUAUAAAUAGGUAAGUUUAUUUCAUUAUGUGUUUCUCUAACUUGUUACAUUUUAUUUAUUUUUGUGAUAAAAUUUCAUAUAAAACAUAUAAUAUCCUAAAAUAUAUACAUUUUACUUCUUUUCCAGAUGCAAGACGAAUAUAAUUGAAUAGUAUAUAAGACAAACUAUAAAUUAUACAUGUCGGGGCUGUAAGCAAAUUGUAUUCUCUUACUAGAUCUUGAAAAUCUUUUUUAUUUACCAAUUGCCGACAAAACUUAGAGAUCUUCAUAUAUUAAAACAGAGACUAAUCUUAAAAUUUCAGAAAAACUUUAAUUUAGAUUCGAGCAACCAGCUUUGGAGGUACUUUUUGUUGCCAUUACGUUAAUAAAAUAUGACGCUGGUACCGAAGUUAUACACAUGGGCUGUGAUCGAUCUAAUAUAAAAAGAUGGAGAAAGAAGCAGAGAGAUUAAAGAAGGUUGAGAGAAGCGUGAAAGAAAGGGAAUUAUUUUCCACUACUCUUUUCUUAAGAGGAAGAUAAAUACUUUUCAAAAAAACUUAAUUUUUCUUUGCAUAAUUACAUUAUUUUAUUUUCUAAAAUCCUACACAUUUGGUUUUGUCUUUGUCAACCUGGCUUAUAUUUGUUUCUUACUAUUUGCAUCUAGGAUUAAAUCUUAAAUCUUCUAUUCUACCAUUUUAGAUUAUACAUAUUUGGUUUUGUUUUCAUCAACCUUUAUAUUUGGUUAUUAUAUUAUUUACAUGUAUAGUUAAACGUUUGUUUACUAAAAUAAAAUAUUAAUUCGAAUUUGAAUAGAUUUAUCAAUAUAUAAAGGGAUCCGUUUUAACUAACCUAUCCGUUGAAAAUGGAGACGCCACUUCUACCUAUGUCGCAUCUAGCUUCAAAUCUUACGUCAACCACAGUUGUCUCAACUACCAUCGAUGGAUCCCCACGCGCCGUCGCUAUUGAUACAGGUGGAAACAUGGAGCCCCUGGCGGCCGUUCCCGACGCAAAGCUUCGCCUCAUGUGCAGCUUCGGUGGCCACAUCAUGCCUCGUCCACAUGACAAGGCCCUAGCGUACUCUAGUGGCGAGACGCGUCUAGUGGUUAUUGAUCGACGCGCUUCACUGGCCUCGCUAAGAUCUCGUCUCUCUAGUAUGCUCCUCAACGGCCGGUCUUUCACACUCAAGUACCAGCUCCCUAGCGAGGAUCUUGACUCACUCGUCACCAUCACUACCGAUGAAGAUCUUGAGAACAUGAUUGAGGAGUAUGAUCGUGCGACGUCAUCAGCUACGGCGGCUGCCACGCAACGGAUACGGUUGUUUCUUUUCGCGAACAAGCUCGAGACGGCUGCUACCAUGGGGUCUCUUCUUGAUAGUGCGAAGUCGGAGACAUGGUUUGUUAAUGCUUUGAACCAUUCCGGUUUGCUUCCUCGUGGUUUGUCGGACUCGGCCGCGGUGAACAACAACUUGGUGAAUCUUGACGAGGCGGAUGAGGGUGAGGGUGAGGUCCAGAAACUAGGAGCGGAUGAGGGUUGCGUGAACAACAAGCAAGGAGGUUAUGUGACAAACGGUGUGAUCUCUCAUCAGGAGAUGCAUAUGAGUUCGAUGCCUGACUCGCCUAUGAUGGAAGCCGCCGGUGGUUCUUCGAUAGGAUCUUCCUCGUCCUCUCCUUCCACAGCCAACUUGCCACCGAUCCGCGUUAGGGUGAGUGAAGACCAGAGGAUGGAACAACAGUUUGCUCAAAUGAGCUUCUCAAACGUGGACGGUCAGACUCAGAGGAAUCUGGAAGAUGGCGUUGGCUUGAUGGCAAAUAGGCCAACGAUGGUCCCAUCGGGUAUGAUGACCGAUUCUGCGAUGGUGUAUAACAACAACACACCUAUUGAUGCUGCUACUACUGUUGCUGCUGCCGCUAUGAGCAAUGGCCAGGUUUCACCACAUGACGAUCGAUCCGAUCCAGGUAUGAUGGCUGGAUAUAGGAAGCCACCUUUGCCGAUGCAGCCAGUGGCGAUCCCACAGCGAGGUGCGGGUGGGUAUGGCUUGACAUCUCCUGAUUCUGUUGCAAGUGAUACUAGCAUUUCUUCUGCUACUUUAUUUUCAAAGCCGGUGUACUACCAAGACCAAGCUCCAGCUAUGCUAAGAGCCCCGGUAACACAGCCUGAAAUUACUCCGGUCCAAACUAGCCACGGCAUACCUCAGCAUGAACCCACUUCAGCCCAAACCACAUCGCCCGUCCUAUCUCAGCCAAGUACAUACACAACUUUGGACCAACAGCACCAACCCCCGGUUCAACAACCUUUCUUACACCAAGGUGUUCAAUACAUUCCUCAUCCAUCACAAUACAUCCCGGUUUACCCUCAUCAGCAGCAAAACUACCCAGUUUACGUGAUGUCUGUCCCGCAAUCUCAGCAAUAUGUUCCAGCUGGAACUCCUCCGCUCUAUCCAAACUCAGCACCUGCCACAAACCCAAGGCCUGAAGUAGCUCAAAACGUUUACCGUUCCCCUAUAUCACAGAAUCCUCAGGUUCAGCAGCAACAACAACAACAGACUCAACAUCAUUACAUGGGUUACGCAGGAGGUUCUCAACACAACACAAACGCAAAUCCUAACUACAGUACUGGAGCGUACGAGUACACACAUCCGCCAAACGAGACAAUGUAUUACCAUGCACAACGUCUUCCCACCAACAAUGCUAUUCCGUUAGCUUCUCCGUAUCAAAGCAUGACACCAGCCGCAGCCGCAGCUGCUUUAGCUGAUAUGUCUAAGCAGAUGAGUCUUGCUAGUGACAAAGAGCAACAACAACAUAUGGCUUCGUCUCAACCGCUCUAAGCAUUGACCAGUUAGACAAUGGAUUAUGUUUUUUUUUCUUUACUUAAUACGUAUAACGUCGAGUUCCUUGUCAUGAGAUAUAAAUAUAGACUUUUAUUAUAUCGUAUUGUAAAGUAUUUUAGUUAUUGUUAUAAUUAAUGUCUAUUUCUGUUUUUUUUUUUAAAAAAAAAUUUGUUGGAUGAUUUCUCUAAGUAUUGGUAUAUGAAAGAUUGUUAGUUUA